AUGACGCCUGCGCCAAUCGCCACGGGCGCUGUUGCCUCACCCACCCCGCCUCAACAACAGAAACCUACAACUCCUGCUACCCCUGUUCCCAAGAACUUUGACGACAUCUUUCAUGCCAAAUUCAUGUACAUUAUUCAGGAGUGGAAGAAUGAUCCCCAACGAGGCCAGCUAACCCAACGUGACCGCAAGGCCUUCAUUGAGUCCGCUUAUGUAGAGACCGAUGAGUCUUACUUCAACCACCGCCACCUGUCUGAUCAGGAGAUCAAGCUGCGUGCCCUUACCAAGGUCUUCUACAAGGUUCUUGCUGAAGAGCCAUGGUCUGAGGACUGGAUCCGCGCCCCCGACGUCGAGCGUAAGCUUUCCAAAUUCGAGAUGAACAAGGACACUAUGCCACUCGCUAUCCAACAUGGUCUCCUUACCCCACGUGACGCUGUAAAAGCUGCGCGUGAAGCUGCUGUCGAGAACGACAAGAUCCUCAAGGAGAACCCCAAGAAGACUGCCAAGGAGCUCAACAUCAAGCGCGGACCCUACGAUGAGAUCGAGAUUGUCUAUAUUGCUGGUACUGUAUCCUCCACAGCCACCAACCGCAUCGAUCGUGACAACAUAUACCCGGUAUCCGUCUCCUCUGUUGCCAAUGUCCUCCAGAACCACAUCUGUCGUGACAUGGUACGUCCCUUCACCAUGGCUGAGCGCUUCCUCAACUGCACCGAGACCAAGGAGCUCGAGAAGAUGCGCAAGUUCGCCUGCGAUGUCUGCGAUUUUGCGCCUCACCUUCUCGAUAACGACAACGUCAGCCUUCUCGUGGUGCUCCUUAUCCUGUCCCGCUCUGACUGCUGCCGGCGCUUCGAAAACAACGGCAUCCGUAUCGAGGGCUCCACCAUCUCUCACCGCAAGGCCGAGUGCAUGAAGAACAAGAUGGGCUGGAGGACGUCUGAGGAGAAGAAACCCUACGAUAACUUCGCCAACGAAUUCCAAGGCCGCGUCAGGAACGCUUGCUCACCUGCUCCUCGGGCCGGGCGCAUGAGUGGCAAGAAGCCCCAGCGCAAGUCAUCGACCCCGAUUGGCACCCCGGGAGGCUACCCGUCGCCACAUAUGGGGUACAUGGCUCCUCCCCAAGUUCUCUCUCCAUCCACCGCUCACGGCGUGAACUCCAACAUCAACAUUGCUGGUCCAUCGAUGCAGUCCAUCUACCCCCAGCCGUCUCCUGUCGCUGCUCCGCCAGGCCCAUCUGGUCCGUCACCGCCUGUUUCGCGCAUCUCCACUGGCGCAGAAAACAAGGAAAACAACAUGGUUGAGCCCAUGGACCUCUCGUAG